AUGCCUAAUACUAAGAGCCUUCAUUUAAGGAAACCCACAUGGUCACGGGAAGAAGAAUAUUCUCCGUAUAGACUUCAAGGCCGGAUACCCUCAAUGUUCGACAGAAGGUGUCUGCUGUGGACUGGACGCUUCAAGAGGGAGGAGGACAUCCCAGAAAUGGUUUCCAUCGAAAUGCUUUUAGCGACGAGGAACAAGAUCAGGGUGCAGGUUUGCUACCUGAUGAUCGCCAUGAGCAUCGUGGCCUGUGUGGUGAUGGUGGCCUCAGGAAAGAAGGCUUUCAGGGAGCAUGACAGCCUCACCAAGUGGAACUUGGAGAGAAAAGCCAAGAUGAAAGAGCGUGGGAUAGUCACUGAAAAGACCCAGUAACUGGACAAAGAUUCAACGGCUCCACUUUGAUUGAGGAUAGCUAAUAUAUAUUUUCAACAUUGGCUGCUUAACUCAUGAGCAUAAAGACUGGUAUAUGCAUACCUCAUGUCAAUCUUUUUAAUAGUUGCUCUCUAAAUUAAUCCAUGGUUGGUACUGUUUUAAUCAGAUCCUUUCCCACUUUGAUCUGAUAUAACCAUUCUAUAUUUUCCCGGUAAUGUCAUGACCCUCAAAUUAGAUCCAUUUGUUGCAAACUGUCAUGUUUUUGCCUUGACGAAAUCCCUAGGCGCACUUUUAAAAUUGAACUAUUAAGUUAUUGAUGCUUUUCCAUGUCUCUGUGGAAUCUAUUUUGAAAGACCCCAUCCCCAGGAAUGGUACACCAGUCCAUUUCUCUCAGCCCUCAUUAACUAUCACCUCUACCAUUUCUACUUUUUCUGUUUGCAUGCAUUCAUGUUACUUCAUAUGUCUUUUAUUGUAACUCAUUUGAACACCGUUAGCCUCCAUCAGCAGAGUUCAGUAUUAACCUAUAGGAACACACCUACUGUUUUGUCUUUUUUCAACAUAGAAUAUACAAAGAAAUGCUGGUGCACCAGGUGAGUAAAGCACACUGCACCUCUCCAUAGCUCACAUGACCCACAAGAGAAAUUAUUCUGCAAUCUUCACAAUUGAUCAUUAGUACUCAAAGCACUUAGAAAUGCUUUAACUAUAGAACUGCAGUGACGUGAAAUCAGUUGGUCAAUUGUAUGAGAUUCUACAUUGAUAUUUUUGUGAAACAAUGAGUAAAGUUUUAUCUAUCUAA